UGUACUCAAAAGAUCACGUUUAAUAUUCAUGAAGUCGCGAAUUGGCUCCUACUCGCGUCAGUCCCGCUGCGCGACUUCUGUAGGCUGGCUCACUUCCUUCAACAUUAUAUCUGGGCAACCCGGGUAAAAGUAUAAAAAAAAUGUUGCCGAUCCACUGUACGUGCACCGACUGAAUGGAGGCACCCCUGACACCGAGCGGAGAUCGUACAUUACUGGGCCAAAGACCGCAACACACACCGAGCGGCGUUUUGAGUUCUCCGUAAACGUCCAGCCCUCGGCCUCCCCAUGCCUCCAUCUCCUCUCGACGACAGAAUUGUGGUGGCGCUGCCAAGGCCGAUCCGACCUCAGGAACUCCAACUGCGACUGGACACCAGCUACCUGGACUCCAUCGCCUCCACCAGCAGCGACGAGACGGUCAUCAGCACCACCGUGGUGAAGAUUCGGGCGACGGCCAAUCUUGUGACGUAUAUGCCCUCAUCCAAGGGCUCCACGCGCUCCUUGUCGUGUGGAUGCAGCAGUGCCAGCUGCUGCUCUGUCACCACCUACGAGAAGGACAGCCCGAGCCUGAACCACGGUCAGGUGAGCGCCAGCAGCCCCAACCUCAGCUAUGCUGGACCACCUAUGCUCAGCAACCACGAAGCAUUAAGCGCCACCAGCCUCGCCCCGGGCGCCGCCACUGUGAGAGUAAUCCACCCCAAUGAGCUGGCAAAGCGGAUGACCUGCUGCCCCAUGGGUCACCCUAUCGGGCCGGUGCCGGUCAUCAUCGACUGCCGGGCCUUCACGGAGUACAACAAGAGCCACAUUCGGGGGGCCGUGCACAUCAACUGCUCUGACAAGAUCAGCCGGCGGAGGCUGCAGCAGGGAAAAAUCACCGUGCUGGACCUCAUCUCCUGCCGGGAGGGCAAGGACUCAUUUAAGGGCAUCUUCUCCAAAGAUAUCGUGGUCUACGACGAAACCACCGCGGACCCCAACAGGCUGGGGCCCUCGCAGCCUCUUCACGUGGUCCUGGAGUCGCUGAGGAGGGAGGGCAAGGACCCCAUUAUUCUCAAAGGAGGCCUUAGCUGCUUCAGGCAGAGCCAUGAGAACCUGUGUGAACACUCGCUGCACCUUCACGAAGGCUUGGACAUGGGCGCAACUGCCGGCCUCUCGGGGGCGCUACCUCACACUCUGCCCUCCACCCCGGACAUAGAGAACGCAGACGUGACGCCCGUCUUGCCCUUCCUCUAUUUGGGCAACGAGCACGAUGCUCAGGACAUCAACUUGCUGCAGCGCCUGAACGUGGGCUUCAUCCUCAACGUGACCACCCAUCUGCCGCUCUACCACUACGACACGGGCCUGUUCAUCUACAAGCGCCUGCCUGCCACCGACAGCAACAAGCAGAACCUUCGCCAGUACUUUGAGGAGGCUUUUGAAUUCAUUGAGGAAGCACACCAGGCUGGUAUGGGCCUUCUGAUCCACUGUCAGGCCGGCGUGUCUCGCUCAGCCACCAUCGUCAUCGCCUACUUGAUGAAGCACACCUGGAUGACCAUGACGGAUGCCUACAAGUUUGUGAAAACCCGGAGGCCCAUCAUCUCCCCGAACCUCAACUUCAUGGGCCAGCUGCUGGAGUUUGAGGAAGACCUCAACAACGGAAUCACGCCACGGAUCCUCACGCCAAAGCUGAUGGGUGUGGAGACCAUUGUCUGAAACCGCUCGCAACACUCACUGGGCAUCCAGUUUGGAAUGUGAGUAAGCCGCUAUUUUCUUCUUUGAAUCUCCCCACCCGUGCUCAUCUUGGACUCUCUGGAGUGCCAAAGCUGUGGGUCAGCAAAGCUGUGUGGGUCAGCACUGAUGAGAAAUGCCAAAAAUCCCUACUGUUUGGAACCUGGCCUGCGUCCCGGAGGAGGAGUGGAUGAGUUAGAGAUGUUGAGACAGACAGACAGAGAAGGUGCUUGGAAGAGUUCCAUUUGGGACUGCAGAGGAGCGAGUGUGCGGAUAGAAGAUGUGACGGGAGAAACUCCGCUUUACACUGUGGCACACGUGUUGGCGGGACUGGCCAAACCAAAAAAAAAAAUAAACAGUUGAAGACAUGUCUGGUGUGUUAAUGUUCUAUUUUUAUACAGGGGUGACCAUUACAAGCCCACAAUGGCUUACUGUGCAAUAAUUUCAACAUGGAAUGCAACCUUGAUAUUACGUGUAUAUAUUGCUAAUGAUGAAGAAACAUUUCCAGCUGAAUAUUGCUGUAUUGUAAUUAUUACUGUUUGGUUCAGUACAAUUAUGUUUAGGUUGCAUUAUUAUUAUUAGGGAUGGGCUUUGACCACAUUUCCUUCAACUAAAAAGAAAAUGAACGGAAUGGGAGAAUAUCUGAAUGUUCUGAACUCCUGUUUUUACGCCAGUGUUGUACUGAGCAAGGAUACUGUUUCCCAACCUUUACUGAGCCAAGGUAGCAAAAAUGUCAUGGCACACCACCAAGCAUGCCAUGGCUUAUUCUGUUGUACGAAUGGCAACAAGCGGAGAGACAGGUUCAUGAUGUACACUGUCUGUCUGUUUUGGGAUACGUUCCUUUUUGAUAGCAUCAGAAACUGUCUCCAAACUCUUCCACUAGUUAGCAGAAGGCACUACCAGUCAAAAGUUUUGGGAUGCUUUAUCAUUUAAUUGUAUGAGAAAAUGUCUCCAAACUUUUGAUUGGUAGAGAAUCAAGUGGAAGCACAUUUAAUUUACAUAAAUGAUCAUUUUCAGGCCAAUUAAGUGAGAUUGGGCCACUAAUGUGCCGCUGCACAGUGGUUGGGAAUCACUGGGGUAGAAUGAAGCUGCACCUGGAUGUAGUUAAACUUCCCAUAGCUGACAUGGCAAACUGGAGGCCAUGUCCACACAAAUACGGUUAUUUUAAAAACGUGUUUUUUGUUUUGGUCAUGCGCAAACCUAGAUUUUGUCUUUAAAAAUUGAGCUUUUGGAAAACACAAAAAUUCCAGCAUCAGAUUUUUGUGUGUGUGGGGGGAGGGGGGCGUUAAAAUGUAUCUUUUUGCUUUGUGUCAUAAGAAAUGUGCGACCUUAUCUUAUGUUUUUAAACCUUAUUUGACGACAAAACAUGACAUUUUUGGCUUGUGCGUGCAUGCGUAUUUUAACAGCCAUGGCCGGUUAAAAAAAAAAAUUCUUGUUGUAAGUGAACAAGGAUUUUUAAGCUAAGUACAUGUCAUUGUGCAUUUAAUAUCUCACUAUUUAGAUGAACAGAGGCGUUAAAAUGCUCAACCAAGUCAGCUGUGGUAGCUUUUUCAGGAUUGUGAUUAGACAAAAUGUGCGUUAAUAUGUCGACAGAUAUUGUUUUGGAAACGCCAUGCAAGGAUGGCAAUUAUUUAACACCGAAAUGUGCGUUUUUUAAAAAUAUCCGUGUUCAUGUGGUCAUAAUUGAGUGAAUCAACAGCGCCUCUGCUGGUUACAGCGAACUAGUGCACUCAAUUUUGUUUCAAUUUCUUAAUACAUCAUGAAAUCAACAAUUAUAUCGACAUAACAGCCAACAAUUGUAAAUGAUUACGCCCAUCCCUAAUAGUUAUUGGCACAGAUGACUGAGUGCAUCAGUGUUUUUCCUUUUGCCAAAACCAAGAGAACCACAAAGAAAAAGCACUGAAAUAAUCAGUGACCAUAACAAAACAGGGCUACUUGUGAUUUAAAUGGAACAUAAGAGAAUAACUUCACUGCCUGCUUUUCUUGUCUUUUUUUGCUCUUUGUGCCAGCUCUAUUGUAACAAGUCCUUAUUGUGUGUGGCUGUGUGGCCUAAUACGUCUUCUGUGAGCGCUCUUCAUUAUCAGCCAAGCUGUGGUAAUAACACAUGGUAGCAGCGGUGAGAUGCAGCCUCAAGCGCUUAAAGGUUGCUGUCCGGUGUGACCUUUUUAACUCUUGUUCUUGUUGACACUGAGCUACAGUCGAGCGAGCAUUUUUGCCUUGUGUAGGUGCAAGGUGUUGCUGUCACGUGCUGUUUCUCUAGUGCCUCUUUCAAUGCCUUAACGCUCGUGUCACCACCGGGCCUGUGCGCGGUGACAUCACGCGCACAUGAAUGCAGACCACAAUGAAGUCGUGUUUGAUACAAAACGUACAUACCACCAUGAGUUAAGUAGAACCUCUUCAUGAGAAUCUAGUUGGAUUUAGUACAAAAAAGUUGUGUAAUGAGUAGAAAAUGGCUUUUUGUGGGGUCGCAUUAAAAAGUACAAAGUAGUUUUGACAUACAGUGGUGUGAAAAAGUGUUUGCCCCCUUCCUGCUUUCUUAUUUUUUUGCAUGAUUGUCACGCUUAAACGUUUCAGAUCAUCGAACAAAUUGAAAUAUUUGUCAGUGACACACAACACAACUGAACACAAAAUGCAGUUUUUAAAUGAAGCUUUUUUGAAAAAAAUCCAAACCUACAUGGCCCUGUGUGGGGAAAAAAGUGAUUGUGCCCUAAACCUAAUAACUGGUUGGGCCACCCUUAGCAGCAACAACUACAAUCAAGUGUUUAUGAUAACUUGCAAUGAGUCUCUUACAGCGCUGUGGAGGAAUUUUGGCCCACUCAUCUUUGCAGAAUUGUUGUAAUUCAGCCACAUUGGAGCGUUUUCAAGCAUGAACCACCUUUUUAAGGUCAUGCCACAGCAUCUCAAUAGGAUUCAGGUCAGGACUUCAACUAGACCACUCCAAAGUCUUCAUUUUGUUUUUCUUCAGCCAUUCAGAGGUGGACUUGCUGGUGUGUUUUGGAUCAUUGUCCUGCUGCAGAACGCAAGUUGGUUUCAGCUUGAGGUCACCAACAGAUGGCCGGACGUUCUCCUUCAGGAUUUUUUGGUAGACAGCAGAAUUCAUGGUUCCGUUUCUCACAGCAAGUCUUCCAGGUCCUGAAGCAACAAAACAGCCGAACACCAUCACACUACCACCACCACAUUUUACUGUUGGUAUGAUGUUCUUUUUCUGAAAUGCAGUGUUAACUUUUACACCAAACGUAAUGGGAUAGACACCUUCCGAAAAGUCCAACUUUUGUCCUGUCAGACCACAGAGUAUUUUCCCAAAGGUCUUGGGGAUCAUCAAGAUGUUUUCUGACAAAAUUGCGCCAAACCUUAAUGUUUUUGUUCAGCGGUGGUUUUCGUCUUGGAAACCUGCCAUGCUGGCUGUUUUUGCCCAGUGUCUUUCUUAUGGUGGAGUCAUGAACACUGACCUUAACUGAGGCAAGUGAGGCCUGCAGUUCUUUGGAUGUUGUUGUAGGGUCUUUUUGUGACCUCUUUGAUGAGUCGUCGCCGCGCUCUUGGGGUCAUUUUGAUUGGCCGGCCACUCCUGGGGAGGUUCAUCACUGUUCCAUGUUUUCACCAUUGUGGAUGAUGGCUCUCACUGUGGUUUGCCAACCUUUUUCAGACUGAUAGAACUUAAUUAUCAGUCUGAUAGAUUUUAAUUAAUUUAUGCGUUAAUUAUGCUUUAACGGGGAGGGCAAUCACUUCUUCCACACACGGCCAUUUAGGUUUGGGUUUUGUUUCUCCCUUCAUAAUAAAAAGUUUCAUUGAAAAACUGCAUUCUGUGUUCAGUUGUGUUGUCAUUGACUAAGAUUUAAAGUUGUUUGAUGAUCUGAAACAUUUAAGUCUGACAAACAUGCAAAAAAAAAAAAAAAAAUCAGGAGGGGGCAAACACUUUUUCACACCACAGUACAUAAUGCCCUGAACGCAAACCAGAAAAAUUGUGCAGUCACAAUAAUACUUUUUGUUGCCAUUCAAUGUGAUUUUCCUACUAAAUUCUUGGCAAACAAAAAAACACAUGAAUUGAUCUUAAUUAUUCAUACACAAGCCCACAUUUGGAUGGGAAUGGGUCUUAUCUUGUGAAAGUGGCAAAAGAUUGUUAGCCGAGAGUGUUAGCCGAUCCCAGCUGACUUUGGGCGAAAGGCAGGGUCCACCCUGGACUGACCGCCAGUCAAUCACAGGGCACAUACAAACAGGAAAGGAAAGGAAAAGGAAAGUAUUAAAAGAUACUAAUUUCAAUAUAUAUAUAUAUAUAUAUAUACAUAUAUAUAUAUAUAUAUAUAUAUACUGUAUAUAUUUUUACACUUUUACAAAAACUUCCACUUGGCAAAAUAUUCAAACCCGUUCUCAAUACAGGCAUGUGAAAUGUACGAUAUCAAAGAAUACAAAAAUAAAACCAUAAAAUGAGAUAUUUUGCUUACAUUGAGCACAAAUCACAACUGCAUGUGUAAAAGUGACCUAAAGUAAAUAUCCCAUUUAUGAUCAGACCAAAUGAAAUCAGUGAAGCAGACAGGUGUGUGCUCUAAUGAGUCUUUUAAUUAGUGUUGGGUGACUGUGCUGUGUCCAACCUGUUUUGCAACAAGAUGUGUUACAUGGUGAUGUUGAAGGUGUCACAUAUCAGUGUAUGAAAACCGACUUUUUUACUAUACUGGGUACAUAUUUAAAUUUUGCUAUAAACAUUAAUAAUAGCUACAACCCUGGACUGUUGAAUGUUUCUGGGAAAAAAAAUGUUUGCGAUACGUCCGACAGGGCUGUACCAUGGACUAGUGGUUGGCAUGUUGGACGUACAGUCAGGAGAUCGGGAAGAUCUGGGUUUGAAUCUCCGUCUGUGUGGAGUUUGCAUGCACUCGCCAGGUACUCCGGAGAAUAUGCAUGUUGGGUUAAUUGGAGACUCUACAUUGUCCAUAUGAAUGGCUGGCGAACUGCCUGUCAAACCCUGGCCAAAGUCAGCUGGGAUAGGCCCUAGCAUACCCCCGCGACCCUAGGCAUAGAAAAUGGAUGGACAUUUGCGAUCCACUUUUGGGUCCCAAACCACCAAUUGACAAACACCACCAAUCACUGCUCUAGAUGAGGGGUGUCCAAAGUUUGUCCCGGGUUGGGGGGGUUCGGGGAGUAUACAAGGAAGUGUAUACUUAAUUGUGUAUACUUGUGUAUACUUAAGUGUAUACUUAAUUUUCAAAAUGCAAAAAAAAAAAAAGAAAAUGGUGAAUAUAUAAUAUGUAUACUAUAAUAAUAUACAAUAUAUUCACUCAUAUUUUGAACACAAAUUUGUCUUUUGCCACUUUGUGUCAUUUCCGACCAGAAUGAUCUCGCCAGGGCAUGCUUGUCCAUGCUGUCCACCCUGCCCCUCUUUCUCGUCGCUCUGCCGUUUGAAUAGUCUCCGCAGCAAUCUGCGAAGACAAUUUUGCAACGCAGUCGGGUCAUUCGAGGGGGGAGGGAGUGAACCUUGUUUUCCAGAAAAUGUCCAAAUGUAAAUGUCAGGUACUGUAUGAGCCAGGGAAUACAUUAUUUUGGGCUUUACUCGUGUAACUGUGAAAUGACAAAGUGAGCCCCAUGACUAUUAAUGCAAUUUAAAAACAAUAUGCACAUGCACAAAGUUUACCCUUAAACUGCUGCAUCUGAGUAUAUUCUCUCAUUUUGUGCCAGUUAAAAUGAAUUUUACUUUCUGUUGCGUUAGAGAAUUACAGUCCUGGAAAUGAUUCUACAUAUAGACUUCUAAUGAGGAGACUUAAUUGACUGAACACACCAGACGGACGUGCAGUCAUCGCAUACUGUAGACUGAUUUAUCUUUCAUUGAAAUUUGCAUGGAAAUAAACACAUACUGUAGCUACAGAACAGGGACAGCAUUAACACCAUUUUUAUCACACACCCCCUUGCUAAAAAAAAGGCCAUCAAUUUCAAAAGUCAGCGAGAAGAUGUGAAGAGUGAAAACACACACACACACACACAGAUACGUCAAUAAUCUCUUUUGGAAAUCCGUGCUAUGCAAAUGAAAAGGUAAUUUUGAGGAUGUUUCUGCAACUCCGAAGCAUGAAUGACAGAUUGCAACCUCAGUGUGGAUGAUGUUUUAUAAAAAUGUGUAAAAAAAAAAAAAAACGCGCUGACGUGUCCUCACAUGUAUCAUUGUGUCUUUCGGUGUCAACUGGUGCUGUGCUGUAAGUAACCAUUUGGCACGUUUGUAGCUUCUGCAUUUAUAUUCAGCGAUUACCCUCGGGCAAAAAAAAAAACCCAACAAAAAACUAGGAGCUUGCCAUCUGAGCCAAUGUUAUUUACAAAUAAUGUAUGUUUUCUUUGCUGGCUUUUUUUCAUAUGCACUGAUCUAUUCGAUUGAACAAUGUAAACAGUGUACUGUAAAUUGCUUGAACAAAGAAGCAUGCUAAUUGCUCCUGGUGUGUGUGAAGGACUCUUGCAGUCAUUCUGGUGCUGUCCGUCUUUCCCACAGCCUUUUUAAAAUGAGUCCAUAGCUAGAUCUGUUUUGUUUAUUGCGUUCCAGAAUAUUAUAUUUGAUGUCUUGAGUCUCUGCUUUGGGCUCAGAGGCUCCAUUGGAAUGGGCUGUAGUGUAUAGUUCUAUAUUUUAUUUUGUUUGUGUUUCUUAUCAGCAUAAGUAUAUACAACAUGUGAAUAUAUAUAUAUAUUUUCUUUGUAUGCGUACAGUAUAUCAUGACUAUUUUUGCACUGACCUAUGGACAGAUGGAUUUAUUUUUCUCCACAAUGGGUGCUAUUAUAACGGAGGCCUUCUCCCUCACCUUUUUGCAUGACUUGCUCAAAAUUCAACUGGUUUGUCAUCUGUCCUCCUCUUCUUCUACUCCUCCUCCUCCUCCUCCUUGAAACUGUUACCACUGAAGCACUGUAAUUUUGUAAUCUCUACUUGUAAGCUUUGAAAAUAAACAGGGAGGCCUCAUGUUUGGUGAUCUGGAAGUCUAUUUUCUACCCCAGAAAAUCAUUUCUUUGUUUUAAUAACUGGCUUUGUUUUGAUUGACAAAGCUUAUUCACAAACUCAUCAGUUUCGAAGGAGACUUUCUCAUAAACGGAAACAGUUCCCAUCUGUCUCAAGAAUGACAUC